AUGGGACGCUACUGUCUUCUGGUCUCCGCCUGCAUUCUGCUGGCCGCUUCUACAUUCGUCCGGGCGCAAAGAGACACGGACUUCUACUUCGGCACCAGGGUGCGCUGCCACACGUGCGACGCCGACUUCACCAUCGAGAAGUUCUCGGUGGACCACCCCUGCCUGGUUGGACAGCGGGAGAGGGACGUGGCCUACUGUAGCGUCAACUCAAACUUCUGUAAGGUGGCCAUGUCACUUCAGGUGGAGGUGACGCGCCUCAACGGCGUGCUGGUGACGUACUCGCGGCGGUGUGCCGACAAAUGCUCCCCGAAUUGCUACGAGAAGGGCUUCGGCAUGCUCAGGGAGCAGUGCACCUAUUGCUGCCGCCGCAACCCCGCCUGCGGGGAGAAGCGCAAGCCCUGACGCCCGCCGCACGGCGCACGCACGGCCGCCACCACAGGUAUACGUACAGGCAGAGAACGCAUACUGGCCAUUCCUUUCACAGCGAAUGCUGCGCGCCAUCCAUCGGAGAAGCCACCAAGUGAUUACGUACGAUUUUAAAAGAGCAUUUUCAACGUCC